CCCCUCCACCCUCACGCGUCACAUACCACCGACUAUGGCAGCAUCCACGCAAGAUGCUUUGGAGAGCAUUGAGCGCCGCCGUGCGCAACUCCAGGAGAGUGUGGAUAAGCUGCGAAAGGCCCUCACGCACUGGACGACCUGGGAAGCCGAGUACCAGAUGCUCAAAGAGGAGCUCCAGAGCGCAGACGACCUUCCGCCGUCCCGAAUACGCGAGAUGGCUCGAGACCUCGACCUCACUUUGGUCAACGACAAGGAGGUCGAAGAGCUGCUCGGCAAAGACUUGCGGACGAAACGCAGUGCUAACCAAGUAGUUGACAUGAUCUCUAGACGCAUUGACUAUGUUCAGCAAAGUAGCGCUACUAUCGAGAAGCAGCUAGACACUACCGAAAAGCAACUUGCGGGUGUUGACAUUUUAUUAGAUCCUGGAGUGGACAAUGAAGAGGGUCUGCCAAUGAUGGACAUCGAAGAAGAGUUGGACGAGGACGGGAACGAGAUUGCGAGCUCCGUAAACCAGACGGGGAAGUCAGCCGCAGAGAUUGUGGAGGUUCUGCGAAAAGCCGGCAUUCAGAAGGCUGAAUUGGAAAACAAGCAAGACGUAGGGCAGCCUGAUCGAGAAGCUUCCGAACCAGUGUCAACACCGGUCUCGGCUGUAUCAACUUUACAAGAUGCCAAGACUACUUUUGAGCCUUCUGGAUCUGCAACGCAAUCACAACCCGAUCGUGUUGAGACCACACCUCUGAAAAAGACUGUUUCAUUCGCCGAUGACAUUAAAUCGUCCUCCAAUAAGAAAAAGCCUCAGCUGCAAACUGACCGCUACAACGAAGAUCUCGAGAGUCUCAACUUCAGGCGCGGCACAAAGGUCAUCGAGCUUGAUGAAGAUGACAACGAGCUUGCUACAUACCCCAUCAUCCCGCAAGACGAAUCGCCCGAGGACGCCGAAUUACGGCGGCAGAUGCUGCAAUAUGGGCUCUCUGAGGUUGGUCAAGUCGUGGCUGAGCUCGACCUGGAUGAUCCUGUGGCGCAGUACUCGGAUGAUGAUAUGGAUGAUGGUUUUGACGACUAUGCUACCGAGGAUGAGGAAGACGAAGAUCAAUACGGCCGCACCGCCAAGCCUGUGCUCACAGAAGAUUAUCGAAAGCAGAUGCUUGAACUUGAGAAGAAACUGAACGCACGCAUGCUUGAGAACGUCGGCCCUGAGUCUGACCUUCACCCACUGGCAGAGCACGCCGACGAUGUCCGAACAUUGCGUGUGCGAAAAGAUGACGAGUUUGACGGGUCACUGGAUACGGCGAAACCAAAAACGGUCGAGUCAAGUCCUACGAAGAAGGGCGUUCGGUUUGCUGAUGAUCUCGACAUCUCAGACCCUCCUCCUCCAUCGGCACAAGCACCCGUCGAAGUUCCUCCACCUACGCUCAAGUCUACGCCGACAAUAUCAGACACUAUUGUCGAGCGCCCUACCACUACAACUCAAGCAUCAUCGGUACCCAGCAAUCCUGCGAAGGUCUCCAGGUUCAAGAGCGCUCGAUCUGGCGCAGAUCAAGCGCCGCGGAUGCUACCCACUCCUCCUGCCCCAGAAGUAGCACCUGUACCCUCUGGCCCAGCAGGCCGUACCGUAGCUGAGUCUGUCAUCGAGCAUACUGCAUCGUCUUCGGAGCCUGGUGCGCCUGAUGAUUUCGAUCCCGUCAUGAUUGGUCGUCAAAUCCAAGCCGAUUAUCACAAAGCGCGGAACAAGUUUAUACAACAACAAGGAGGGUUCAAGCCUUCCCAAGAAGACAUGGACAGCCCGCUGUUGGAAGAAAGGGAUGGAAAAACAAAGAAGGUCAGUCGGUUCAUGGCGGCUAGGUUGAAAGCCGAUGGUAUGUAAAUAUCGAUGCACGUUCAGCUUCCUCUGUUCCUUCUCUCAAUUUCCUGUUUCGACUAACACGCAGAGUAACUCGAUGUGAUGUGGGUUGGGUACGGAACAAUUCAUGCCUGUGAGAGACACCUUUUUUAUGUGUCAGUCUCACAUUACAUUGGUCCAAGAUCGAACUUCAAUUGAGCUCUCUGACGCGGCUGGCCUGGCUUCAUGCCUGACGCGAUUUGAAAUGCUCUGUAUAUUCCACACCAGAUAGCAUGCUUGAAUUGAAUUGAAUUCUUUGAACUCCA